UGGCAGGUCGAGGGAGGAGAGGCAUUGUAAUAGUAUCUCUCAGGGUAACUAGUAGGCUUCUCCCUGAGUGGCUGACUUAAUGACUGAGUGAGAGAACGACAGAGGAGGAGUGGACUGUCUUUCUCUUUCUGCAGAAUUCCUCCAGUCACUCCUGGCUGGCGAUGGGAAUGGGAACAGCUUUCCUGUGAUUCAGAAUACAGAGACACUGCGUUCAGGAUACUCUGGCGUCUGACGCUCUGGGAAACUUUAGAAGGGAGUUUAUUUCGGAAGUUGGAGCAGAGUUUUUGGAAGUUUGGGUACAGUGAAUGGCGUGAAGUUGGAGUGCAUUUGGGAAGUUGGAGAAGAGUUUUGGGACGUUUUGAUAAGAGUGGAAUUUAAGUGUACUUGGGAUAGAGUGAGAGUUGCACUGGCUUGGUCCUGGGUUUUUGGAAGGACAAUGGCAGGGGCAGGCAUUACCAGGAAGGGUUCUGGGAGACCCUCGUACUACUACAGGUUUCUGGGCCGCACUCGUCUCCAACGGCAACGCAGCAGGUCCCGCAGCCGCACCAGACCAGCAGCCAGCAGGGAGUCCCCCCCCGAGCGAACGGGCCGCAGACGGAGCAUGCCUGGUAGCGCCCCGGACAAGAUCACACCCACCAUGGAACCUGCCGCCACUGUCACGCCCUUCAGAGUCACCGGCUUUCUCAGUCGGAGGCUGAAAGGUUCUAUAAAGCGUACUAAGAGCCAGCCCAAACUGGACCGUAACUCCAGCUUCAGACACAUCCUGCCUGGCUUCAGGAGUGUGGACAAUGAGAGAUCUCAUCUGAUGCCGAGGCUGAAGGAGUCUCGCAGCCACGAGUCAUUGCUCAGCCCCAGUAGUGCUGUGGAGGCCGUGGACCUCAGCAUGGAGGACGAGGUGCUCAUCAAACCUGUUCACAGCUCCAUCCUCGGACAGGACUACUGCUUCGAGGUCACCACCUCAACGGGAACUAAAUGUUUCUCCUGUCGAUCGUCAGCAGAAAGGGACAAAUGGAUGGAGAACCUGAGGAGAGCCGUCCACCCCAACAAGGACAACAGCAGGCGGGUGGAGAACAUGCUGAAGCUGUGGAUAAUCGAAGCCAAGGACCUUCCUGCCAAGAAGAAGUACUUCUGCGAGCUGUGUCUGGAAGACACCCUGUACGCCCGCACCACCUGCAAGCUCAAGACCGACAACGUCUUCUGGGGCGAGCACUUUGAGUUCAACAACCUCCCGGCCGUCAAAAGCAUCACAGCCCACCUUUACAAGGACUCGGACAAGAAGAAGAAGAAAGACAAGAACAACUACAUCGGACUGGUCAACAUCCCUGUUGCCGCGGUGACGGGGAGGCAGUUUAUGGAAAAGUGGUACCCUGUGAGCACGCCGACGCCCAAUAAGGGUAAGACGCCAGGGCCCAUGAUCCGGAUCAAGGCCCGCUACCAGAGCAUGAACAUCCUGCCUAUGGAGAUGUAUAAGGAGUUUGCAGAGUACACCACCAACAACUACAUGUUGCUGUGCUCUGUGCUGGAGCCUGGCAUCAGUGUGAAGAACAAGGAGGAGAUGGCUUCUGCCCUGAUCCAUAUUCUACAGAGCACCGGCAAGGCCAAGGACUUCCUGACUGACCUGAUGAUGUCAGAGGUGGACCGGUGUGGGGAGAACGAGCAUCUGAUCUUCAGAGAGAACACCCUGGCCACCAAGGCUAUAGAGGAGUACCUCAAACUAGUGGGGCAGAAGUACCUGCAGGACGCACUUGGUGAGUUUAUCAAGGCGCUGUAUGAGUCAGAUGAGAACUGUGAGGUGGACCCGUCCAAGUGUUCGUCCAAUGACCUGCAGGAGCACCAGAGCAACCUGAAGAUGUGCUGCGAGCUGGCCUUCUGCAAGAUCAUCAACUCCUACUGUGUGUUUCCACGGGAACUGAAGGAGGUGUUUGCGUCUUGGCGACAGGAGUGCAGUAGCCGGGGGCGACCGGACAUCAGCGAGCGUCUGAUCAGUGCGUCUCUGUUCCUGCGCUUCCUGUGUCCGGCCGUUAUGUCACCGUCGCUCUUCAACCUGAUGCAGGAGUACCCUGACGACCGCACCGCACGCACACUCACACUCAUCGCCAAGGUUACUCAGAACCUGGCCAACUUCACCAAGUUUGGCAGUAAGGAGGAGUAUAUGUCCUUUAUGAACCAGUUCCUGGAGCAUGAGUGGACCAACAUGCAGCGUUUCCUGCUGGAGAUCUCUAACCCAGAGACCAUCUCUAACACAGCAGGGUUCGAAGGUUACAUAGACCUGGGACGGGAGCUGUCCACCCUGCACAACCUGCUGUCAGAGGUCGUCUCUACCAUGGACCAGAGCUCCGCCUCCAAACUGGGGCCUCUACCCAGGAUCCUCCGGGAGGUGAACACAGCUCUGACCAACCCGUACAGUAUGACCAUGACCGCUCCGUCCCCCUCUGACCGUAUGGGGUCUCCGCCCAACGCCGGGGCAGGCUGCAGCAUCUCCACCGGCCUGCAGAAGAUGGUCAUCGACAACGACCUCUCAGGGUUGGUGGACUUCACCAGGUUACCCUCCCCCACCCCGGAGAACAAGGACCUAUUCUUCGUCACCAGGAAUUCUGGGAUCCACCCCUCCCCAGCCCGCAGCUCUAGCUACUCCGAGUCCAAUGAACCCGAGCUGGGCAUGGCCAACGGCAGCAAAAGCCUGUCCAUGGUGGACCUCCAGGACCCCCGCAUCUUAGAGAGCAGCCAAGGCCCCGGCCCCUCAGACGGCCUGGGAGAGGGCAAUGUUCCUGGGGGAGUGUGGUCGGCCCGGACCCCCCAGGGUAACAUCACUGGAGGUCCUACACUGAGGAGGCCGGUUCAGACCCCCACCACCCCUGGGUCGGAGAGUGCCCCAGGCAGGCCGGCUCAGCUUCUGGCCCCCCUGUCCUUCCAGAACCCCGUCUACCAGAUGGCGGCAGGGCUGCCUGUGUCGCCGCGAGGCAUGGCCGACUCAGGCUCCGAGUGCCACAGCUCCCACAGUUCCCAUAGCAACAACGAGGACGGGGCAGGAGGAGGAGGGGGGAAACACAACACCUUCCUGAACCACGGAGGAGGAGGAGGAGUAGGAGGAGGAGGUGGGGGGAGUAGCGGGGAGGAGUAUGCCCGUCGUUCAGGGGAGUUUGUAGGCACGCGGAGGCAGCUGUCACUCACAGAGGCCCAGCCCACCAUGCCCAGACAAAACAACGCCGGCCCCCAGCGCAGGAUAGACCAGCCCCCUCCGCAGACCACCAUCACAAGGGGCCGCACGCCCCCCAACCUGCUCAACAGCGGGCCCUACCCGCGCCCCUCCAGCGGCAACAUGAUGUCAUCAUCGCCCGACUGGCCCGGCAGUGGGGCACGGCUACGGCAACAGUCGUCGUCAUCAAAAGGAGACAGCCCCGAGACCAAGCAGAGAGCCCAGCACAAACAGGCCCCCUCCCCAGUGAACCCCAAUGCGCUGGACCGUACGGCUGCCUGGCUAUUGAAUAUGAAUGUGCAGUAUGUAGACCAUGAGGGGAUGGACCCCGAGUCCAGAAACAGAGAGGAUCUCACUCAGGCCGAGAAGUACCAGCAGGAGAUCGUGGUCCUCCAGGAGAAGCUGCGUGUGUCGGUCCAGAAGCUGGAGGAGUACGAGGCUCGUCUGAAGGGCCAGGAUGACGGAGGUCCGAAGGCUCUGAUGGAGUACCAGGCACGGCUGGAGGAGUCUGAGGAACGCCUGAGGCGACAGCAGGACGACAAGGACCUCCAGAUGAAGGGCAUCAUCAGCAGGCUAAUGUCUGUGGAAGAGGAGCUGAAGAAAGACCAUAAUGAUAUGCAGGCUGUGGUCGACUCCAAACAGAAGAUCAUUGAUGCACAGGAGAAGCGUAUAGCGUCUCUCGACGCAGCCAACGCCCGUCUGAUGAGUGCCCUGACCCAGCUGAAGGAGCGUUACAGCAUGCAGACCCGUAAUGGCAUCUCCCCUACCAAUACCACCAAGCUCCAGAUCACUGAGAACGGAGAGUUCAGGAACAGCAGCAACUGCUAGAGAGAGACUGAGAGAGAGGGUGUGUUUGUGCGUGCGUGCGUGUGUGUGUUGGCUGGUGCUUGUAGAGGACAUUUCCUUAUAUGGACACUAAACGGGGGUUAGUCUGAGUGAGGAGACCACUGUGAGGGGCCAAGCAGCGAGGAGGCGGGACUUCGGUUUGACAGACAGCUGACCAAGACAGCGAAUCAAUGGACAGAGCUGAACACCAGUGGGCCCUGCAGAGGAGUAGGCGUGACAAGCUGUAGAUAUGAACUGAACUCUCCAUUAAUCAACCGAUUUGGAUGUUUCUAUUGGAUGUAUGCAGUUGCUGGGACAAUUUCAGACUCUCUUCCCUAAAGCUUGGGACAAACCACUAUAUAAUCAACACAAUGUGUGUCUGUCAGAUAGUCACCCAAACCUCUCUCUUCUCCUCUCCUCUGUUUUCCUCUCCUUUCCUGACCUUCUUUCCUCUCCAGGUUAUGUGGACCAUGUACAAAACAAAACAAUAAUAACAGAAAACUAAUUUAUAGUAGUGUUAAAUCUCAAAGAAAAUGUUUUUUGUCCAAUGGUUUAUUUAGAUCUUAUCUCAUUCUUUUAAAAACCAAAUAGGAGCUUUGAAGUAUUUUUUGUCCAAACUGAUCUUUCUUUUUAAGUCCUUGGGUGUGUUCCAAAGUGCCCCCCUAUCUCGUACACCAGCGGUCGGCAACAGGCGGCCCAAAACCAUAUUUAGUGAAAAAUACAAAUACUUUUUGGGGUGAUUUUAGUUUGUGGUCAAAAAGACUGUAAAAUCACUAUGAAUUCAGCAAAAAAAAUGUUUCAUUUAGGAAAUCAGUUCCCAAGUAUUCCCACGAAUAAACAAAGAGAUCGUGUCUCAAUGUAAUCAAGGUAUGAAAUUAUUAAUAUUUUCAAAUAAAAUCUAUUUUUAGGCUGUGGUCAAUUUGCAGUGUACAUAUUAUUAUAAUUAUGUUCCGGUCCCCAACCAUCCGCUCCGACAAAAAUCGGCCUGCGGCUGAAUCUAGCUGCCUACCCCUGCCCUACACCAGGGCUGUUCAAUUUCAGUCCUUCAGGGCCGAAACACUUCUGGUUUUCAUCCUCUCCUUCUAAUAAGGGACUAAUUCAGACCUGGGACAUCAAGUGAUUAACUACAAGGUAGAAACCAAAACCAGAAGUGUUUCGGCCAUCCAGGACCGGAAUUGAACAACCCUGCCCUACACGCUUGUCCCCUAUAUAGUGCACUUUGUGAAAGCUAUUGGUACAUGAAACGCCUUAAGUAAGGAACACAUCUCUACUUUGUCCUUCAGCUCCCCUAUUCCUGCAAAAAAAGGCACAACUUAUAAUACUGUGGAUUUUUAAAGGAAUAUAAAUAUAUUGUAUAAAUACAUCAUGCAAUGUGUUAUGAAUACUAAAUAAUGACCUAUAUGUGAAAAUAUAUUAAUGAAAUGUAAUAUAGAUGUAUGCAUAUUUCCCUUUUCCUCUAUAAAGUAUACAUGAGAUAUAGUUAUAUUUGAUCAUGUCAAAUGUAAAAGAAGCCCCUCCAAGGAGUGGGUGAUUGAGUGUUUGAGUUGUGUUUUUCCUGUUUAAAAGACUGCAGCUAUAGUGUGUAUUAUAGGGCUUCGGGGGGAGAGACUGCACACUAUGCAGUGAGUAGCACCAUCAACAGAUGAAAUACAAUCCUAUUUUAUUUCUUCCUCUUAACCUUUACUUUAUCCAGGUUUUGGAAACAGACCUGGUUGGAUUGAGGUUUCCUUUAGUGCUUCAUCAAUAAUGUUGAAACAAUGUUGUAUGUUGCUUGUGUGUCCCUUUGCGUUCGGGACCCUUGCCAUGGCUGGUCUGAUAGCCCUGUAGCACAAGGAGAGAGAGAGUUGUGUUGUUUAACACACCAUUAUACUAUACACUGGACUGGUGUGGGUUAUAUGUGACCUCACAGGUUAGAAUCUUACUAUUUCUUAAAACUCUCCUGUUUGCUAAUUCAUGUCAAAGAAGCAUGCUGCAUAAAGACUAUGACCCCCACUUCGCUCUGAGGCAUCUAUCUCUCCUCUCUUUUUCUCUCCCUUUCUCCCUCAUUCCCUCUCUCUCUCUAUUGAAUGUGAAGAUGCUACUCAAACACGCGGUUUGUCUUAAUGUGGGGUCUAGGCGUAUAGUCCCUCUGAAUGAUGUUAUAGCUACUGUUCGGCUUGCUCCCACCACCCCCCAGACAUUUUCAGCAUCUAGAUUUUGUAUAUUUUUCUAUUCAUUUUUCUUACCUUUACAGAUGAGUUAGGAGUGAAAAAUCUGCAUGCUUCAUUUUGGCGCUAUAACCAAUGGUAGCGACCCACUGUGUCACCAUUUCUUUUAAGGUUUCCAAUAUAGGAUGAUCGUGAAAUGUUGUUUUUAUGAGUUGCUGCAGACAUAAAUGAUAUGUGAUUAUAUAUCGUAUAAAUAUAUGAUAAUGAUGAGUGUAUUGAGAGGCUGGACAGCCUUGGAAACGAGAGUGUAAAUAAAAUGUUCACAAUAUUUUUAACUAAUGUUAAAAAGAGAGCCUUUUUUUGUAAAUGUACCUUGUGUUCAAUAAUACUGCUGUAUCGAUUGAUAUGACAUCAUGGAUAUUGUAAAUAGCUCAACCAGUCAUCUGUCCUGUUCAGUUAGAUCUCCAGGUUUUAGCUAAAGUCUCUAAUUUCCACCCCCCGCAUUCAGUAUUCUCUUUUUCUAUCAAGGGAAAAACACUUCAAAAGUAUGUUGCAAAAAUGUUUUAAUGACAAUGUUGACUCAGAGGUUUUGGAUGAUGUCAGAUGUGUAGAGGUCAGAGAGAGUCCAAACGUCCAGCGACCUAUGACCCAAUCAAGUGUGGAGAGAGAGAAACACAAGCACAUAACCCCAUUUCUCAUCAGCCCAGCUCUGCACUUUUAAAAUGAGGUUUUAAGCAUUGCUAGAGCUGGAUUCAAACCUUAUCGCAUUUAAAUUCAAAGGCAAUGUUCCCGCGUUCGCAGAGACUUACUUACUUUACUUAGGCUACUCUUGCUUUUUGUAUUCUGGCCUUUACGUCCUGCUCAGUUCUGCCUUGUUUGGUGAUGACGCUGCCCAGGUAGGUGAAGGAGCUGACAUCCUCCAGUGGUUCUUCUCUGAGGGUGAUUGGAUUGUUAGAUUCUUUGUUGAGCGUUAUUAUCUUGGUUUUGUUUCUGUGGAUAGUUGGUAUGUCCAGGUCUGUCGUUUUAUCUUGCAUUUGCUGUUGACUGCGUGACAGGAGUGCUAGAUUGUCCGCAAAGUCGAGGUCAUCCAACUGUGUCCAUAGAGACCAUCGUAUGCCAUUUCACCUGUUCUCAGUUGUCUUCCUCAUGAUCCAGUCAGUGGCUAACAGGAAAAGGAAGGGUGACAGGAGACAUCCCUUUUUUACUCCAGUCAGGACCCUGAAGGGUGUGCUAAGCUUGCUGGCAUCCACAACCCUGCAUGUUGUGCCAUAGUACACCAUAGUGUCUGAUGAGCCUCCAUAGGGUGUCUCUGUCUAGGCUGUCAAACGCUUUCUCAUAGUCCACUAAGUUGACAUACAGGGAUGAGUUCCACUCAAUGGAUUGCUCAACUGUAAUGUGGAGCGUGGUACAUUCGCGGAAACUGCAUUCACGGUAAACGCUGCAUAUGUCGGCUCAGUCAGAAAUGACUUUGACAUUUUAACGCGGAUCUUCCGCGAUACGGAUUGAAUCCAGCACCUAGUCUACGUUCCAUGAACACACCCCUGUCUUUUGGACUGCAGAAGUGUGCACUCCUGGCUUGAUAAGCCAUGUCGUGGAGUGCACUACUGAACCACUAGAUUUCAUAUAAUUUGCUCACUCAAUUUACUUCAAUUAUCUAUUUUAUUUCCAACGUUUUGAGGGGAAAAGAGAUGACUUAAUUCCUGUCAUUAUCUAGUAGUGUUACCAGUGCCACAUAGCAUAAUGCCACUUCCAUAGAAAUAGGGAAUGCAAUAGGGAAUCCUUUUCAUUUGGCUAUCAACUCUAAAUCCUCUGUAUGUUUCUGGUCACGUCCCACCUCUGUUCCACCUUCAUGAAGUUGUUAAAGAACGUAGGAGAGAAGGAGAGUCAGAGAGAGAAAGGUGAUGAUGAAGUCUAUGUAGCCACACACACUCACUUAUACAGUACACACAGUACAGUUACAGCCAGUGGAAAAAUACUAUAAACUAAAUAUAUAUCUAUAAAUAAAGUAAAAGAUGUAUGUUUUCUAAUAUCUUAUAGAAAAUACUUUUGUAAUGAUGCUGAAAGUAAAGUAUUUGCUGUAUUCUGCUUCCUUGGACAACAGUGACAAAAACAAUAAUGUACAGAGGAAUUUGUUUGUGUUGACGAUAUAUAUAUAUAAAAAAAAACUAUGUGGCUGUGCAAUUUAUGUACAUUUGCAACUAGACUUAUUAAAGUUUUAUUUAGCUAUUUUAA